AUGGGCACCAGGGGUCUCCUCGGCUUUCUCAUCAAUGGCGAGCGCUACGGCUCGUACAACCACUGGGACAGCUACCCCGAAGGGCUGGGAGCUGAAAUCGUCAAGUUCAUCCUCUCGCUAGAUGAGGAGCAGAUUAAAACCAUGGCUGAACGUGUCGAAGCCCUCGAGUGGGUCAGCGUCAAGGACUACGGCGAGUACAACCUCCAGAUGACCGAACCCCUCCCUCUCAUCCUGGCGGGCACCGUUACAAGCAUGCCUGACAAAAGCGACUUUAUCCACGACUGGCUCUGUUGCGAGUGGGCAUACUACAUUGAGGACUUCAAACAAAGGGUCAUGGAGGUCUGGUCGGGUGCCCGCCAAGUCGGCGAGAUCAUCAGGUUUGCCGACAUGUCGCCAGGCUGUAUCGCGGGGUGGGUAGACGCUUUGAACGAAUGCAGAUCGCAAGCGGCGGCGCUCAACCGUGCGAUGCCCGCCACCGACAGCGACAAGGAGACAACUACGGAUGCUCAGUCGCAGAGUACGGCCAAUGGAACCAACAAGCAUGACGACUCUGAGGCCGACACGGAGGGCGACAAAGCUCCCAAGAACACCAAGGACGCAGAGGAUCCCAAGGCCAACGAGGUGGUCAUUCCCGACCAGAAGUUGUCUCGCACUGAGGCUGCUCACCAGCGGGACCUGCAAGCGAUCGCUGCCGCCACUGGUGGGAUUGGGAUUAGCGUUGUGGGGCCCGACGCCUUCGACAGGCUGAUCUUGGCCAUGGGCAAUGCCUCGCGCGCGACGUAG